GUGAGCUGUGUGUUAUAAUCAGUGUUUUGGGAGCGUGGAGUCUGAAUCAAAAACUGGAUCCCCUGCAGCGCAGAAUGAUCUAAAUUGUUAUUGGGACGCCUCAUUGUUUGAGAUGCAGUAGACAGAAGGUCCUCUUGGAGGGAAUCCCAUCUGUACUUCUCAGAUGCUGCACAUACCCAGUGGCGUUGCCCCAUUCAUACCUCUGGAGUGCUAAAUACCGAUGCCUCUGUGCCCUGUUCGAACAGCUGAGUAAAAUUAAAUCAUACCUUUCACCACAGCCAUGCUGCCAUAGUUGCUGUCAAGCUAAAACUGAGAGAAUCUUGACACUAAUGUAACUCUUACAGAUCAGAGAAACAGCCACAAAAAUAUCAGUUUUGCAACUGAAGUCAGGAGAGUGCAACGGAGAUAAAUAGUCAGUGGCUUGUGUUUCACCUACACAAGGAAAAAAAGGAAAGAAACUUCUUUGACACCUGUUGAUGGUACAGCAUCAUCCCUUUAAUAUUCAGCUUAUACAGGGUCUACCAGAGAACACAUUUAUGUAGCAUACGUCUGAAUGGAUUUUGACAGAACAUUUUCCAUCAAGUUGCGAUCUCCAUGGAGUUAUACCUGAAAACAUGCUUUCUCUUAUUGCACUUGUAUGUGUAUGUGGACAGAGCUUUGUGUGUUCAGACUUCCUUCAGUGAGUUGCUCUAGGAGACACUAUCAAAGAUCAUAAAUAUCAUUUUGGAAUUGCCUUCAUCUGCUUCAGCCUUCAUCUAGAACAGAGACAGAGCUGCGCAGUUAUUACUAUGCAGUUUGGAUUCUUUUUGGCGGUGAUCAUUUUAAACUCCAUGGAUUACACCGGCAGCCAUGUCUUGAAGGGAAGAAGGCAAAGACGAAUAAGCACGGAAGUAACCCCAGUUUGUCCAAAAGGGUGUGAGGUAUGCUCCGAGUACAAUGGAUGUCUAAAGUGUUUGCCUAAAUUGUUCAUCCUUCUGGAAAGGAACGACAUUCGGCAGACGGGCAUUUGUUUGCCAUCAUGCCCAAUUGGAUACUUUGGUGUUCGGACACCAGAAAUGAACAAGUGCAACAAGUGCAAAAUUGAGAACUGUGAGGCAUGCUUCAGCAGAAACUUUUGUACUAAGUGUAAAGAAGGACUGUACCUGCAUCGAGGGAAAUGUUAUGACAGCUGUCCAGAGGGGUUUGCAGCUACAAAUGGCACCAUGGAGUGUAGUCAUGCUGCUCAAUGUGAAUUGAGUGAAUGGAGCCCCUGGGGACCAUGUACCAAGGGAAGGAAGACAUGUGGUUUCAAAAGAGGAACAGAAGUAAGGACCAGGCAGUUGCUCCAAGGACCUUCAUCAGAAGACGUGACUUGCCCACCAACCAGAGAGAGCAGACGUUGCACAGUGCAAAGGAAGCCUUGUAUGAAUGGGCAAGGUAACGGCAAAGGAAGAAAAGAGAAACCGAAACACUCAAAGAAGGCCAAACAACGGAACAAAGAAAGUGGUAACAGGCAAAGCAAGAAGGAAAACAAGCCUGGGACUAAGAAAAAGAAAGGACAACAGGGCAAGACCCUUCCUGCAACAACCCCCAGCACCAUUCAAUAGUAGCCUUAUUUCAACGCAACCACUCAAUGCUGAUAUAUAAAAGUCGGCUUUUCUGAACUGAAGCACUGCUACAGAGAGGAAUAAAUACAAGGCUCUUGUUUCCAUAACUGUUUAAAAUAAGAAGUGAAGUUAUUGUUUUGAGAACUUAAGUAACGGAGAUCCAUUGCACCUGGCCUCAGUGUAUAUUUGAAAAUGGAAUGGAAUGGGAAUUAAAUAGUUCAGUGGAUCUUUCAAAAGACAGUGUUAGGAACUUUCAUCAAAACGAUGACUGGAUAUUGUAGAGCAGGUCAACUGCAACAUGAAUGGAGAUGACUGACUGGUUCUGGGGCUGGGAAGAAAUACGUUGAUAAAAAGGCUUCUGGAAAUGUGCACAUAUUUCUGCACUAAUUUUGAGGCAGUUGGUUCCUGCAUUGAAUGAAAGAUGUAAACUUAAUUUCCUGACAGAAUGUUAGAAUUAUGCAUCAUUAAACUGCUUUAAAAUAUAUUUCAAAUGAAAA